AUGCAAGUUCCUAGCGAUGGGGAUGGGAACCAGUGCAUUGAGUGUUUUCAUAAGAACGAUGAAAAGAUACUCGGUCCAUUGACCGCACACUAUCGUACAAAAGACAAUAAGUACAGCAAAGAGGUUUAUAUCGGGCAGUUUAUCGUGAGCGUGGGAGCCUUUGUCAUUCGAGAUUCCGAAUCAGAGCGUACAUAUAUCUCCGGCAUCGGGCUUUUCUUUGCCGACAGGCCCAGUGUUACCUUCGGUUAUAAGAGUUUGGAAAGUUAUCUUUUUGAUGCUAAGCCUUUCGGUGGGAUUAACCUUGCUUUUACAGAUGUUGGCAUUCAUGCACUGCAGAUAUUGGCGGAUUCAUCGGCUUCCACUUGGACAGGGACGCCAACCGACGCUACUGAUAGAAUAAAGAAGUUGGUGCUCGAUGAGAUGGAUAUUUUGAACUCGUGCUUUGACAGCACGGAAUUAAUGACCCUUGAGAUCCGGGGGGGGUUGACUAUGAGAGACGCAAGAGGCGCCCAUGUCUAG